AUGGGUGCAGGAACGUCAAAAAUUAAUUAUAAUGAUUUCGUGCCAUACAAGGAUUUAGUAAAUGAUUUGGUAUAUGAAAUUAAUAAUUUCGUUCAUAUCAACAAAAAACGAUAUAAAAUAGAUGCAUGUUUACAAAGUAAUGAUGAAAUACGUCUUAAAUUUACCGAAAAUUGCUUCAUGCCGAUGAAAUAUGAUGACAUUUUAAUGUCAAAAUGCACAAAAAAUCAGAUUGUUAAUGGGAUAAACGAAUGGCAGCUUAUUUUAAUAAUUUAUCCUGUCAUUAAAAAACGACGUCGUUUUGUUCGAGUUACUUUAACUUUUAGUUGUGAAGAUACAGCAAAAUAUGCUGAUAAAUUCAUUGCCACAAAAAUUACAGCAGCAAAAGCACCACAUCUAAUCACCUAUGUUAUAAGGCCACGUCGCCAUAUAUUGGUUAUUGUUAAUCCUUUCAGUGGCCAGAAACGUGGAUUGAAAUUAUGGGAAACACAUGUUGAACCAAUUUUAAAAAUUGCCAACAUUGAUUAUGAUAUUGUUAAAACAAUUCAUCGGAAGCAUGCAGUUGAAAUAGCAAAAAAUCUUAUACUCGAUAAUUAUGACGCUGUAGCUGCUAUUAGUGGUGAUGGAUUGAUACUGGAAGUAAUAUCAGGUUUGCUAAUGCGUCAGGAUCGUGAACGAGCACUAAAGAUGCCAUUAGCUCAUAUACCUGGUGGUACAAGUAAUGGACUUGCAGCCAGUAUAUGUUUCCAGUGCAAUGAACCAUUCUCACCACGCGGAAUUUUUUGUACCGAAAUGGCCAUAAUGUUAGCACGGCCACGUUAUCUUCCGUUACGUAUUAAUCAUGUGCAGACAGAACAUGAUGGUAGCAAAGCGAUGUUCAUGUCGCUUACAUGGGGUCUUAUUGCUGAUAUUGAUAUCGGAAGUGAACGUUUUCGUUGGGCAGGUAUGGCACGACUGCAUAUGGAAGCCUUUCUGCGAGUAGCAAAAUUACCGCAUGUUGCUCGCUAUAAAGGCAGGAUUUCAUAUUUGCCAGUUCUUGGUAAUGUUUUGCAGUGCCCGGCAAAAUUAUGGAAUGAUUUAGAAAACUAUACCAAAGGUCAUUUUGAAUAUCGACCCGUUGAGAAUUUCACAGAUCAUGAAGGCAGUGAAGGUGGUAGCAUCAGUAAUAGCUUCUCGGAUAUUUUUAGAAGCGAUAAUCUUGUCCAAAUGCCUCCGCUUUGUGAACCGGUUGGAUCUGAUUGGAAUAUGCUAGAAGGUUACUUCGUUUACGUUUGUUUGACAAGCCUUUCUCAUUUGGGAAGUGAUGUGCCUUAUCUUCCAUGUGCUCGUUUGGAUGAUGACUUCCUAUAUUUAACAUAUGUCGAUUGGAGCAAUGUUAAAUCACGAUUUGAUUUUGCCAAAAUGAUGCUUGGAAUAAAUGACUGCUCACAUUUGACUUAUUCUUUUUUGCAGAUAGUUCCAGUCCGAGCUUGUCGUGUAGAGCCAUUAGGCAAUUCUGGCGGUUACAUAGCCAUAGAUGGCGAACCGAUAACUUCUGGUUCAGCAUUUCAAGUGAUGCCAACCCGACAUUGUGCAACAGUUAUUGGACGGAACCGACGUUGCUGA